AUGAGUGGUGUCGUUCAGCAUCAUCGUGGCUCGGACGAGUUCACGGAGUCAUCACCCCUGUUAAGAGACGAGCGUCCUCGACGACCAUCGCAUCGCCCAACGUUAUCAGUGGCCUCAAUCGCAAGUGUCCACGUCCCCAAAGUCCACAAUGGUUGGACUAUCGUGAACUUCCUCUGCGUAAUCGCAUUCCUUGCCUCGUCAUCUGCCGGAUUUAUCGGCAUCCCUGUUACGGCAGUCGUGGAAGAUAUAAUCUGCAGGCAAUACUACGGCGUUAAGGAGGAUGCCAAUAACUUGAUCAACGAGGAACGAUGCAAAGACGAUUCGAUACAGAGUAAAGUAGCAUUCAUAAUGGCUCUUACGAGUAGUUUUGAUGCCGUUGUCGGAUUCCUCUCCGCAUUCCCCUGGGGCCUCGUGGCUGACAGAAUUGGGCGGAAACCCGUAUUCGUGAUAGCUUUGUUCGGGAUGAUUCUGAACAUUUCCUGGAUUAUCACGGUGUUAAAUUUCCAUACCGCAUUACCAGUCGAGCUGAUCUGGCUCGGAUCCCUGGGCUACACCGUUGGCGGCGGUUCCGCGGUCCUCGUCGGAAUUAUACUUAGUAUGAUUGCCGACUCAACAACUGAGGAAGAGAGAGCCGUCGCAUUCAUGCGUCUCCAUGUCUCGAGUUUGGCGGGGAACCUCAUUUCACCAGGUGUUUCAUCUUUCAUGAUGGAAAAUAUGGGCCCCUGGCCACCGAUUUGGUCUGCAAUUUUUGUUAUAGUGGCAGCCGCUGCCGCUUUCCUCUUUGUCCCGGAGACGUUGAAGCACCAGAAAGAUCGAGAGGAGGAUACCCAGGAGCCAGAAACAGAAGUUACAGGUCCUAAGUCGCGAGUGGCCCAUGUCAUCGCACGAUUCAAGGAGUCGUUGUCAAUACUUAAAUCGACGUCGCUUAUCCUUUUACUUUUGACGUCCCUAGGAUCGGCCCCGGUUCUAUACUCAACCUUAGGCUUUAUGGCCCAAUUCAUCUCAAAGCGUUACGACAUCGAGCUAUCGAAGACAGGAUACGUCCAGUCUACAUACGGUAUCGCUCAAGUAAUCCAAGCACUACUUUUCCUGCCAUGGAUUACGCGGUAUAUCAUGCGAGAUACGACGCCUGCGAUAAUCCGAGCUCCCGACGAGCACUACCGCGACCUGUCUCUUGCACGGUGCUCGUUUGGAGUACUGGUAGUUGGAAUACUGAUACUCGGUCUAUCUCCGAACCUCGCCUGCUUCAUCAUGGGUCUCCUACUUAUGGCCCUGGCGGGUAGUUUUAAUAGUCUGACAAGAAGUCUGCUCACCUUGUACAUCGACCCGGAACAUCGCUCUCGACUCUUCAGUCUUGUGGGUAUGGUGGAGGUCGUCGGUAGCGUGUACGCUCAGCCUCUCCUUGCCACGCUCUUCGCGCUUGGGAUGAAACUUGGAGGCGGCUGGAUCGGCUUACCAUAUUACGGGGUAUCGGUCAUAGUUGCUAUCGCCGGGUCUUUGUUGUAUUUCGUUAGGAUGCCGGAGGAGACUAAACAUUUAUCAUCGGCGCAGGAGGAUGGACAACAUCAGGAUUAG